GCGCCUGCUGCAGUUUCUUCAUCGUCUGAUAUGAAGCGCUCGCGUCACUGACGACAUUAAAACACAAGUCAUGUGUCACCAGCGGAGAAGCGACUGAGGAGAAUGUCUGAGGUAAAUCCUCCCACAGAAAAAGUCUCUGUUACAGUCCCCGAGCCAGAGACUCCACCCCUAAAGAAAGAGACGGGGCCUGUGAUUGGUGGACUGCAACUGCGUUCUGCACCAGGGGCUUGUUUGCUGUUCGCUGGUGUUUUGCUUAUAGUGGGAAUCGGCAUUGCCGUGGGGGGGUAUUGGAACGGUCACCCCCGACGACAGCCACCCCACCAUGUGUCAAGUGGACGCACCUCUUCGGAGAAACUUAAGCUGAUUGGUCCUGUCAUCAUGGGGGUGGGGCUUUUCAUCUUUAUUUGUGCCAAUACAAUUCUCUAUGAGAAUCGGGACCAAGAACUACGCCAAGAACCAGAACGAGACAGAAAUCAAGCAUACCAGGAGAUCCUACCGCUAGUACCACAAACUCAGAGACACAACAACAGUCAUUCAAAAUGGUUUUCGCAAACAGAAUCAAAUGACAACACACAUACGCUGAACUUGUCUGAACUCAACAUCCAUUGUCUGGAUGAAGGUGCGGAUCUUCCCAUCCUUAAGUGUACUUCUCCAUCCUCUUGUAACUCCAGUCAGGUGAACUUAGAGAUAAGAUCUUCCUUUAAAGAUCACAAACACAUGGAAAGCUUUACUUUGCCUGUCAUUAAACUCAAUGACUGCCUGAUUGGCUCCUUAGACCCAGAGGCUCCUCCCCUCCCCGAACUGACUUACCGUAACAAGAUGGGAGCUGAAUAUGUUACAAGUGUGGAAGUAUCAAGAGUGAAUUCUACGGAUUCAUCUCUAAUGACGAAGAACAAAGCAUGAGCUAAAGGAUCGGUAGGCCUUUAUUCCCACGGGGGUCCACAGGGUGAAUAUAUUUGCGUUACAAUUAGGUGUACAGUUUGGCUUCUACUAGAGACUACAAAAGGACUUGGUACAGGAAUAACAAAGUUAGUCACAGAUCAAUUUUAAACCUGUUUCAAGAAGAAUGUUGGUAACUACAACACUGGCCCCCAUUGACUUCCAUUGUAUGGGCGCAAAGCUACUGAGACAUUUCUCAAAAUAUCUUCUUUUGUGUUCCAGAGAAGAAAGAGUCAUAUGCAGGUUUUGAAUGACAUGAGGGUGAAUAAAUGAUCAGGUUUUGUGUUAGAGAUACAUAGUUGGCUGUCACAUAAGUGAGAGAAUUAAGUAGAGACUAUGCUUCGCAACUUAAUUGAGGUCGUAUUUAUAUUGUAUUUUAGUUGUCUGCAUUUGCAGCGUCGUAGAAGUUAUGCAUUGUAGAUUGUUGUUCAUGUAAACUGCAGAUAAUAGAUUAUUCUUUGAUCUAUUUUUCCUUGGUCCAACCCACACAAGCUCAAAAUAAUAGAGACUGCACUAUGUGUCAUUGUGUUUGUAGUGCAGGUCCUUAUAGUUCACACAAAUGUCAGCUCAGAAAUGAAAGGCGGCCACCCGUGAGAGUACACACAUAAAUAGACAACUGAGCUUCUCUCAGUUUUGUCCUUAUACUGUUUUACAUCCAGCAUUUAAUUUCAUUUUACAAAUCAUGUGUUACAACUUGAAAGAGAAGGGCUAGCACAUAACAGCUGGCAGUCACAUGCAUGUUAUACACUCAGGAGUUCAUACAGUGCAUGUUAAUCCCAACUGUACGACUGCUCUAAAACCAGUACAGCUGUCUAGUAUCCAGCAUCAGUGUUUAGGAACAUGGAUUAACAAUCUCCGCAAUGACAUCAGUAAAAAUCAACAGGUCAAAGUUCACCUGGUUAGUCCCUACCGGUUUGCUCUAAAUACAGAAUUAAGGGGGGAAAUAAUCCUCUGUUGACUGCCAUUCAAAAGUAAAUACAUUUUUCCGAGAGCAACAUAUAAAUCACAAAUGUUUUAUUAAAUUCAAGUAGAUAUUUUUACCAUCUGCUGCCAUUGACAUCACAUCUUUGGAAAGUCACCAACAAUUAGGACUGUUUGUGCGUGUUUUUGAGUGAGAUGAGCUGACCAGGGUUAUGAGCAUGUUAUGAUGUAAUUUCUCAUACAGAUCUACAAUCCAAGAGCUUCACACACAAACAUUGGUAAUAGGGUUAUCACUAUAGAUUUUCACUAUAUGGUUAUUUUGGCCAAAAUAAUUCUUGAUAUAUAUUAAUUGCUGCUAUCAGUCAAAUUAAUCUUUCGUUUUGUGUUUUCCUUUUUGAGGUUAAUAAAUCUCACUCAAAAUAUGACUGGAGGCAGAGAGAGAAAGAGAGAGAGUUUAACUACUGUGCCUCUUGAGGUAAAGCUCUAAAUGGGUGCUGAUUUGAAAAAUAUAUAAUCCUAUGUGAUUAUCAUGGCUUUUAAUAUCAUGAUUAUUGCCAAAACCGGUAGGCCUUUAUUGUGACAACCCUAACUGGUAGAAAGAUCAAAAGGAUUUGAGAAAAUGUAAGCGCUACUUUUAAACAAUGCAGCAUACGUUGAUUUUACUUUGGAAUGAGUGUGUUUGCUUUCUUACUCAUCAGUUAAAUUAAGGAAAUGUCAGGGACACAAGUAUAGUGUUCAAGUAUUCCGAUUCCAAUUCCUGGUUUUGGAAUCGAAAGAAUCAAUUCCAAGAA